UGAUAGAUUUGUUGAAUCUUAAACCAAAAGGUGCAGAAAAAGUAGCUUACUAUCAGGAGCAUGUUAUCAGGUAUUUCAUGGCUUCUAGACUUGAGAGAGAAGUAAAGAAGCCCUUUCCAUCGAUAGAAGUGAAGUAUAACAUACAGUCUAAAUCAGUAACAAUUUCUUCAGAGAUAAAAAGUGAUGUGGAAGAUGCUAAAAAAGAGUUUGAUGCCUAUGACAAAAAAGUACACAAAGUGGAACUUAGAGAUUUGUCAGAAGGAAUGAAGGACCUGUUAUUAAGACAGCACAUCAGCGAGUAUGUAGCCAAUACAUUUAAAUUGCGUUAUCUUCUUUUUAUGCGGGAAGAAGAUGGUAAGUUUGUAUGUGUUGGUCAGUAUCUUGGUGAUGGAAAGAAACUUGUAGAAAUAAUGAAAAAAUGUAUCCUAUCUACAUCAAUCUGGAAAAAUUUUCUUCAAAUGGACUAUGGAAGAGACCUUCUUAAUAAGUUUGCAGACAGCAUUGUUCAGGAAAAUGACAGUAGAAAGAAUAUAAGCCACAUAUGUCAUACAGCAGAUUUACAGGAUGAAAUAAACUCAUUUAUUGAAAAAUGUAUAAUGCGUGAUUAUUACAGGAAAAAAUGCAAUCCAGCAACAUCAGAAUUUUUGCAGAUUCCAAACUGGUCAAUUGUCAGUAAAGUUGAGGAAAAAUAUAAUAUGAAAAUAGGUUUUGAGAUGGAACAUAUUGUGUUUUAUGGGGAUUAUAGCCUUGGAGAGCAAGCAUCCAAAGAAUUGGAAAGAAACAUUCCACAUGAUGAGAUUAUUUUAAGGAAUGCAGACAGAUAUAAGAGUCUUCUAGAGUCAGAAGAAGGGCAGAAAACCAUGAAUGAAAUUUCAAAGGGAAAAAAUUGCUGUUGGACCAUGACUUGUCAGACAGACAGCAAAGCAGGAAAACUUGUCAAAGUUAUGAUGAAUGGGAUCAAUCAUUUUGUCUCAUGGGUUCCAUCAGGUGGUAAUAGUACUAUUUCUCUUGUCGAGGCUGACUUUACCAAGGCUGAGUUUGAUGUCCUAGUAAUUCCUGUUGAUGAUAAAUUGUGUGGGGAAAGUAUAUUGAAAAGAGAUGGAAUCAUUGAAAAUUAUGGCUCUUUGUUGGAUAAAGGUGUGACCGAAUCUUUGCAGAUUGGUGUCUGCGAAUAUUUUGAAAACUGCAAAGUAUUUGCGUGUAAAACCCUAGUUCUUAUUCCUUCAUAUAGGGUAUGUACUUCAAAUCAAAAACAGUCUCUUGAAAUAAUGGCAGCCAAGAACUUUAAGAAAGUGAUCUCUGAAGUAUGUUCAAAUUCAUUUUUAAAGAAUCAGAGGAGGAUUGGGUUUGCUAUGCCCACAUUCAGUCAAAGAUUCUGUAAAAAUGUAGCAUCUGCAUUUUCUAGUGCAGUCACAUUAUCCACUGAAAACAAGGAGGAAGCUUAUCUGUAUAUAUGUACACAAGAGGAAGCUGAGUCAGUUAUUGAAGUUGUUGAUAAAGAAAUCAGUGAAGUCCUUGUUACCAAACAUACAAGAAGGAUGGUAACAAGUGCUUAUAAAGGUUUAUUCACCAUACCAGCAACAUCUGUUAAAGUAGAGAACAAAUCAAUAUUUGAUGUAAAGGCUCAAUGUCUAGUUGUAUUGACUUCUAAGGACCUAAACCUUGAUCAAGGUACUUUGUCAAAAAUGGUUUUGGAAGAAGGUGGUGCUGGUUUGGAAAAAGAAAUAAGAGAUAGGUGCAUGAAAACACUAGGAAAUGGACAAUUCAUUACAACAAGCCCAGGAAAUCUCCAGAGCAAAGGAGUGAAAAGGCUGAUAUUUGGUCAUUUAACAAAGUGGUCUAACAGAAAAGAAAGAUUAAAGGUUUUGCAGCAGUUUGUUGAAGACUGUCUGAUAGAAGCUGAUGAACAGGAUUGUAAGUCAAUUGCUUUCCCUGCACUUGGUACUGGUAAUUUGAGAUAUCCUCCAAGAGAUGUAGCUGCUGCAAUGUUAGAUGGAAUUGAGAGUUAUAUUGAAGAAUCCAUGAGUGGAAAAGUUAAAAAUGUGUAUAUAUCUACAACAGAUGAUGCAAUGUAUCAGAUCCUGGAUAUGGAACAAAAGAUCAGAGAUGACCAAAAUACUAGAGGUGAUGGGGACAUAGCAAAUGAUGCAGAAAUUUUGACUUCAAAUGAUAGCAGAAUAAACUACACUGUUGUUAUGGAGCGUUAUCUUCAGACCAACCCUUCAGGAAAAUUUGUGAAAGUUAAAUUGAUGCCUGAGAUAGAAGCUGGAAGUAUAGAUUGUCCAACACAGUGGCUAUUACUAAUUGGAUGUGGUACUUCAAUGAAAGACUUGAAAAAUGCUGUUCUGGAUAUGGUGAAUCAUUGUGAAAAAAUGUUAAUCACAAGUGUUCACGUUUAUUGUUCAAAUGAAAUACCAUUAUCCUUUGGGGAUCAGUCAGUGGCUAUUAUUGACGAAGUUUUCAAAAACAUUACAGCAGACAAAUAUCCAGACCGCAUCUACAAUUAUUUAUCAAAUGUAACUAUUGUGGUCGAUGAUGAAGAUGGUUUCUCCAAUAUAGAAACAAGACUUUCACAAAAAAGUUUUUUUACAUCCAUUUUUGGAGCUCCCAGAGAAUGGAGAAAAGAAACACAGUCAAGACCACAAAGUUCUAUAAGGAUCAAAUUAGUUGGUGAGCAAGUGAAAGAUGUGAAAGCAGUUAAAAAGGCAAUUGAAGACUUUAUCUUUAGGAGUGAUUUGCAACAGCCAAAUGUUGCUAAACAGAUGACAGUAAAGGAUGAGAAAAAUCAGCACUUUACUUCAGAAUCCAAAUCUGGUUUAAAGUCAAAGUUUAUGAAAGAUGCUAAGCAAAAUAAAAUAACAGAAGUCAAUGAUGAUGGAAGUGACAUGACCCAAGAGACAGAAGACACUGAGAUAGAAAUUGAAGGUGAAAAGAAAACUCCAGAGACUGAAGAAUUACUACAGAAAGAUGAUACAGUUAAACCAGACUCUAGCUCACAUUCUUCAGAAUCCAUUGUAGAGACCAUUUCAUGUGAAGACCUGGAUGAACAAAUUAGAGAGUGGGAAAAUUCUUCAACUUCUUCUAUGACCAGUAUAACACAUAUUCCAGAUGAUAAGGAAAAAAAUAUUAAAUUAGACACAGUUUCUGAAGAAAUAGGUGUAUGUCCUUUACAAGGGACUGAUUGUGUAUCUGGUCGUACAGUUGACAAUGCUGCUUAUAUACCUGAAACUCAAAUUGCCAGAGGUGAAGAAGAGAAUAAAGUUCCAGAGACACUGAAUUUCAGCAUAGAGAAAGUUGGUAAUAGAUAUUUACUUAAAUGUAACAAUCUUGUAGUAAAAAUCCCACAGCUGGAAGGAGCUUCAGGUGUGAGUGUUUGGGAAGAUAUUAUCUUGAUUGAUAAUGAGCCUAUAUAUUAUAUUAAAAUAGACAAUGGAAAGGUAAAGAUAUCUAAAAUAGGAGAUGCUGAAUGUGAAAUUAAUAGAAGUGACAACAGCACAAAUUAUUCAGGAAACAAUGAAAGUGGCUUAUAUGUCGCAAGUCAGCAGCCUCAAAAUGUUGAAGAAGAAUCAGACAUGAAAAAAGUAAGGGGAGCAACUCCAGAUAUGCAGAAUGUUUUGAAUCCACCACAAGAGAAUGAAACAAAACCAUUGAACCAUCAAGAUACAGUGGCUGAUGUCAAACAUACUGGCUCAUUUGAUGCUGAUGUAAUGAAAGAAGGAGGGAAAACAGCCUUUGAUAUUACAAGAGAACAACAGCAAUCAUUAGAUGAAGCAGUGUCUAAAGAAGAAAAACCACCUAUACCAGCCCCUAGAUCUAAAAAUAAAGAUGCUGAAAAGUUCGAAAAUAUGUCAAAGUCAGAGUUGACAUUCAAGGGAUAUGAUGGAAAGAAGGCUAAAGAUUUACAACCAGAAGACAAGGAUGAACUGAAGAAAAUUCAUGUAAAUGUUGAUGAAGUCUCUGGAAAAAUUGAAACAUUGACAACUUAUCAACUCAAGUAUGCAAAGACAAUACUCGCAAAAUAUGAUGAAGAGGAUAAUACACAGGAAGGUAUAAAUGACAAUGAACUGGUUGCAAUCGACAACAACAUUGAAAUGGAAGCUACUGAAGAUGUUUGGAAUAUUGUAAGGGAAAUAUGUAAAAAGGACAUAAUUUCUUUUGAGAAAAAAUGUAGACCUGUUAAAUUUGAAAAUUCAAAGAUUGUAAUACCAGCUCAUGACAGUGAUGUUGCUAAAAGUGAGGUACACAAACUGACAAUAAGUAUACAAGAAAUGAUGAAUAAAGAAAUUUCAGAAAUUUUGAUAGAUUCAGAGAGAGUAAUGAAGCCAGAUGUGCCUGGCUUCUGUAAAAGAGUUGAGGAAUCAUUGGGAUAUGAAUGUUGUGUUUGGAAUCAAGACAAAAAUAAAGUAUAUGCUUAUGAUGAUACAUAUGAUAAGGUCAUGAAGGUUAAGCACCAUUUUAAUAUCACAUCUGGCCAAAUAAAACAUACAGGACAAAAUCGACGUAAAAACAGAGGAGCAGUUAAUACUCAAAGCAAUAAUGAUACUGCUUCGGAUGAAAUAAAAUCAGACAUCAGAUUUGAACAUUCUUUUAGGAAAACAAGUGCUUAUCAUAGUGAUAAAGAGCAAUGCUAUAAAUUUGGCAACACACUGGUAAAAGUGUAUAGAGGGGAUAUUUUAAACCUCACUGUUGAUUGUAUUGUAAAUGCAGCAAACAAACACCUAUCACAUGGUGCAGGUGUAGCCGCUGUGAUAGCAAGAACAGCAGGAUAUAGCCUAACAAAGGAAGGGGAUGAUUAUAUUGCUCAGCAUGGUGACAUUCCAGUUGGUCAUGCUAUUGCAACAACUGCUGGAAAUCUCCAUUAUAAAUGUGUGAUUAAUACAGUCGGUCCUAAUUGGUAUGAUUAUGGAAGACACUCUCGUGAUGAUGUUCAAAGAUGUAAAGAUGAUCUCUUUAAUGCCAUUUACAACUGUUUUACCAUUGCUGAAGGCAUGGAAUUGAGAAGUAUUGCUUUUCCUGCUAUAAGUUCAGACUUAUUUGGUGUACCUAUGGAGAUAUGUGUUGAACAGUAUGCAAGAGCCACUAUUUCAUAUUGCAAGAAAGCUGUUGGUAAACCUAAUACACUCUCUGAAAUACACUUCAUCGACAUAAAGCCUGAAACUGUUAAAAGAAUUCAGGAGGCUUUCCAAGCUAAACAGAGAGAAGGAGCAUCAGUGGAGAUUACUAGAGGAGCAGAUUCAGAAAGUUUUAGAGCUACCAGUCUUAAAACAACAGAAAGCUUUGGAGCUACUAGCCUUAAAACAGCAGUUAGCAAAAGUUCACAAAAGUUACCAGAGCCACUUGCAUAUGAAGAAGGUUGGAAACGUAAUGCUUUUUGUUUCAUUGAGUCAGAAAAGCUAAAUAUUUACUGUGUGCAAGACAUAUUUUCUGUGAAAGCUAAUGGAAUAGUUGUAUCAGUAAAUGAAAAAGGGAAAUUUGGUGCUAUUGGACAAGCAAUUCUCAACAAAAUACCAAAGUCUUACUUACCUAGUUUCAAUGGUGACUUUGAAAGAAAAGCAAGUAAAGGUACCAAGACAGGAGAUGUUAUAGUAAAUGGUGGAUACAGUUGUGGUUAUCCAGCAGUACUUCUUGUUGUAUAUCCAUAUGAAGCUAGACGUAAACCACAAGAUGAAAGACAAGCUGAUCUGGAAAGGGCAUAUAAAAAUGUAUUGUUGGCAGCAAGAGAUCAACAGAUACACACAGUUGUUACAACAUUGUUUGGAAUAGAAUCAAACAUUGAUAAAGAAGUCAAAUUUGCUGCAAAUGGUUUCUUGGAGAGCUAUCUAGAAUAUUGUAAGCAAAAACUGAUUGAAAAGAAGUCAUUUCAACAGGAAGUGACAAUUGUUUGCCAGACAGAGCAUGCUCAUAGCCUUGUAUGUGAAGUUUUUAUGAAAUAUGUUCAAGACCAAAAAGACAAGGAAAUGGACAAAAAAAAACUCAGAAUACCCUCAGGAAGGAAUGAGUUAUGCCUUUGAUACUGGAAAACAAAUGACAAUUUCCAAAAGAAUUGCUGGUGCCUCAUAUCAAUGAAAGAGCUUGACACUGUCACACAAAUUGGACGUUUAAAAGCGCUGUGCCUGACAAAUUGGCUGUUACUUGUCACUUGUACCAGGAGGAAGAAAUUGAACUUUACAAAUCCAAUUUCAGAUAUUGCAAGACUUUUAAAAAAUCUACACAAUGGGAGAAAAGGGCAUUGUGUAUAUCUUCAGACAGUGUGUAGCUUCUCACACUUCUGACAGUCAAGAUCUAAAUGUCUUAAAUACCCUUUGGAACAUUGUCAAUAAUGUUUUAUAGUGAUUGAAAUUACCUACCAAUUACUUAAAAUUAUUUUAAAAUGAAGAGGUCCUUAUGCUGUACUCUACCUUUUAAUGUUCCCCGGAAAAAACUUUUUUAAACCAUAUUGUCUCUGUUCUACGCUUUGUCCUUCUUUAAUUAUGUUUUACUUUUCGUACAUAUUUCCUAGCAACUUCAUUAUAGUUACUAAAGUGCAGAGUUGGGAAGCAUUCAUUGCCAUUUUGCAGAAUGUCUUUGAAUUAUUCCAGGAAUUUAGGUAAAAUACUGCUAUAUUCUGAUGUGAUUUUGGACUGAAAAAGGCCUUUUGCAUAGCAGUAUUAUUUUCAUAGAACAGAUAGGUAAUAUUGUUGAGAAUUUUGGACUAAUAUAAUGACAAGUCAUAAUGCAACUAAAAGUACAAAACUAGAUGUGAUUUCAUAAAUGAUUUCUCACAAUUAUCUUUUACAUUUUGAAAAGAAUUUUAAAGGAACUGACCCACCAAAAAUCUAGCAUUGUAUCAGGAGAUGAACUCUUUGUUUAAUAUGUUUUAUUUUAGUUCAGUCUGGCAAUAGAACUGAUUUGAUCCAUUUUUCUGUUUCUUUUGGUAAAUAAUGUAAACUUUAUAUACAGUAUAUUUAUAUAUUUAUUGUUCAUACUUUUAUAGUACGUAAUAAUUUUAUAUUAUAAAUUAUAUAAAAUUAUUAUAAAAAUUGUUUUAUAAGUAAUUUUUUUAUAUACAUGUAUAUAUUAUAAGUUGCUGUAAAUUUGUUUUUAAAUAUAUUGUUAUAAUAUACUGUAUAAUAAUUAAAUAUUUUUUGUGUGUAUAAUUUUUGUAUGUAUAAUUAUGUAUAAUUUGUUAUUAUCCCCCGCUGAUGGAAUCAGGAGGGGGAUAUAGUUUUGGCGUUGUCUGUCCGUCCGUCCAUCCAUCCGUCCGCAUUUCGUUUCCGGAGUAGUUCUCUGCAACUACUGGCUGGAAUUCAACGAAACUUUAUGGGAAUUAUCAAUAUCAAGAGGAGAUGCGCAUAUCGUCGGCUUGUUUUGGUCCGACCCUUUAACUCAGAGUUAUGGCCCUUGAUUAGUUAUGUAGUAUGCAUAUAGAGUAAAAAUCGUUUUCGGAGUAGUUCUCUGCAACUACUGGCUGGAAUUCAACGAAACUUUAUGGGAAUCAUCAAUAUCAAGAGGAGAUGCGCAUAUCAUCGGCUUGUUCCGGUAAGACACUUUAACUCAGAGUUAUGGCCCUUGAUUAGUUAUGCAGUAUCCAUAUAGAAAAAUAUUUGUUUCCUCGCUACUUCUCUGCUACUACUGGCUGGAAUUCAAUGAAACUUUAUGGGAUACUAAGAGGAGAUAUGCAUAAAGUCGCCUUGUUCCAGUCAGAUACUUAUAACUCAGAUUUAUGGCCCUUGAUUAGUUAUGUAGUAUGCAUACAUCUCAUUGGCAUUUCCAGAUUUUACUAUUUAACACAAAGUUAUGGCUCUGUUAUUGCCCUGAAUAUUUAUCAAGUUCAAAGAAUAUUACUGUUUAUGCUAUGAUUAAUAUAUAAAUAAAGCCUUAUGUCUUCAGUUGUUGUGUUAAUAAUAACCAGUACUCGGCGGGGGAUAUAAAUUCAACGAAUUUGCUUGUUUAUUAAAUAUUUUAUUAUAGUUUUAAAAAAUAACUUAACUGUACAUUUUAAACUUUAAAAAUUUGUAAUAGUUUUUAUCCCCCGCCGAUGGAAUCGGGAGGGGGAUAUAGUUUUGGCGUUGUCCGUCCGUCCAUCCUUCCAUCCGUCGGUCCGAAUUUCGUUUCCGGAGUAGUUCUCUGCAACUAAUGGCAGGAAUUCAACGAAACUUUAUGGGAAUCAUCAAUAUCAAGAGGAGAUGCGCAUCUGACCGUCCGUUCGUCCGUCCAUCCGUCCGAAUUUCGUUUCCGGAGUAGUUCUCUGCAACUACUGGCUGGAAUUCAACGAAACUUUAUGGGAAUCAUCAAUAUCAAGAGGAGAUGCGCAUAUCGUCGGCUUGUUCCGGUCAGACACUUAAACUCAGAGUUAUUGCCCUUGAUUAGUUAUGUAUUAUGCAUAUAGAGUAAAAAUCGUUUCCGCGCUACUUCUCUGCAACUACUGCCUGGAAUUCAAAGAAACUUUAUGGGAAUCAUCAAUACCAAGAGGAGAUGCGCAUAUCAUCGGCUUGUUCCGGUCAGACACUUUAACUCAGAGUUAUGGCCCUUGAUAAGUUAUGCAGUAUGCAUAUGGAGUAAAAAUCGUUUCCGCGCUACUUCUCUGCAACUACUGGCUGGAAUUCAUCGAAACUUUAUGGGAACCUUCAAUACCAAGAGGAGAUGCGCAUGUCGUCGGCUUGUUCGGGUCAAACACUUUAACUCAGAGUUAUGGCCCUUGAUUAGUUAUGCAAUAUGCAUAUGGAGAAAAAUCAUUUCCGGAGUAGUUCUCUGCAACUACUGGCUGGAAUUCAACCAAACUUUAUGGGAAUCAUCAAUAUCAAGAGGAGAUGCGCAUAUCGUCAGCUUGUUCCGGUCAGACCCUUUAACUCAGAGUUAUGGCCCUUGAUUAGUUAUGUAGUAUGCAUAUAGAGUAAAAAUCGUUUCCGCACUACUUCUCUGCAACUACUGGCUGGAAUUCAACAAAACUUUAUGGGAACCUUCAAUACCAAGAGGAGAUGCGCAUAUCAUCGGCUUGUUCCGGUCAGACACUUAAACUCAGAUUUAUGGCCCUUGAUUAGUUAUGCAGUAUCCAUAUGUAAAAUAUUUGUUUCCUCGCUACUUCUCUGCUACCACCGGCUGGAAUUCAAUGAAACUUUAUGGGAUACUAAGAGGAGAUGUUCAUAUAGUCGCCUUGUUCCAGUCAGAUACUUAUAACUCAGAUUUAUGGCCCUUGAUUAGUUAUGUAGUAUGCAUACAUCUCAUUGGCAUUUCCAGAUUUUACUAUUUAACACAAAGUUAUGGCUCUGUUAUUUCCCUGAAUAUUUAUCAAGUUCAAAGAAUAUUACUGUUUAUGCCAUGAUUAAUAUAUAAAUAAAGCCUUAUGUCUUCAGUUGUUGUGUUAAUAAUAACCAGUCAUUGGCGGGGGAUAUAAAUUCAACAAAUUCGCUUGUUUAAUUUAAUUUUGUAAUAUUUUUACAUAACUGUUUAGCAUACCUGUCACAAAGUGACAGGGUGAGCUUUUGUGAUCGCUUUUCGUCCGGCGUCCGUCAGUAAACUUUUGCUUUAAAUGACAUCUCCUCAUAAACCACUAAGCCAAUUUCAUCCAAACUUCACAGGAAUGUUCCUUUGGUGGUCACCUUUAAAAAUUGUUCAAAGAAUUUAAUUCCAUGCAGAACUCUGGUUGCCAUGGCAACCGAAAGAAAAAUCUUUAAAUAUCUUCUUUUAAACAACCCUAAGAGCUAGAGCUUAGAUAUUUGGCAUGAAACAUCUUCUAGUGAGUGUCUACCAAAUUUUUUCAAAUAAAAGUGCUGGGGUCAAAAUUGGCCCGCCCCAGGGGGUCAUUGAUUAUCCCUAUAUACAUACAAUGUAUAGUAAAAACUUAAAAAAUCUUCUUUUAAAGAACCUAAAGAGCUAGAGCUAAGAUAUUUAGCAUGAAACAUCUUGUAAUGAGUGUCUACCAAGUUUGUUCAAAUAAAAGCCCCGGGGUCAAAAUUGGCCCUGCCCCAGGGGGUCAUUGAUUUUCCCUAUAUCCAUAUAGUAACUUAAAAAGUCUUCUUUUAGAGAACCCAAAUAGCUAGAGUUUAGGUAUUAAGCAUGAAACAUCUUUUAGUGAGUGUCUACAAAGUUUGUUCAAAUAAAAGCCCUGGGAUCAAAUUGGCCCCGCCCCGGGGGUCAUUGAUUUUCCUUAUAUGUGUAUAGCAAAAACUUAAAAAAUCUUCUUUGAAAAAAGCCAAAUAGCUAAAUUUUAGAUAUUAAGCAUGAAACAUCUUCUAAUAAGUGUUUACCAAGUUUGUUCAAAUAAAAGCCCUUGGGUCAAAAUUGGCCCCGCCCGAGGGGUCUUUGAUUUUCCCUAUAUGCAUAUUAUAAAAACUUAAAAAAAAUUCUUUUAAAGAACCCAAAGAGCUAGAGCUUAGCUAUUUAGCAUGAAACAUCUUCUAAUGGCUGUCUACCAAGUUUUUUCAAAUAAAAGCCCAGGGGUCAAAAUUGGCCCCGCCCAAGGGGGUCAUAAUUUUCCCUAUAUGCAUAUAGUAAAAACUUAAAAAAUCUUCUUUUAAAGAACUCAAAGAGCUAGAGCUAAGCUAUUUAGCAUGAAACAUGUUCUAAUUCGUGUCAACCAACUUUGUUAAAAAAAAAGCCCUGGGGUCAAAAUUGGCCCCACCCCGGGGGUCAUUGAUUUUCCUUAUAUGUAUAUAGCAAAAACUUAAAGAAUCUUCUUUAGAAAAAACCCAAAUAGCUGGAGUUAAGAUAUUAAGCAUGAAACAUCUUUUAGUGAGUGUCCACAAAGUUUGUUCAAAUAAAAGCCCUGGAGUCAAAAUUGGCCCCGCCCCGGGUGUUAUUGAUUUUCCUUAUAUUUGUAUAGCAAAAACUUAAAAAUCUUCUUUGAAAAAACCCAAAUAGCUAGAGUUUAGAUAUUAAGCAUGAAACAUCUUCUAGUAAUUGUCUCAAAGUUUGUUCAAAUAAAAGCACUGGGGUCAAAAUUGGCCUUUAAGUAAAGAGUUGCAUGGUACCAGUAAUAAGUAGUGGACUUGAUGAGCUGUUGCAUAUUUCUUGAACAAUGUUGACUUCGAAUCCUUGCGAUCAUUAUUGUGCAUGCGAGCAUAAACGAGUAUUAGAUAUGAAUUCCUGAAAAAACAUUUCAUAUAAAUGAAUUAUUUUUUCUCGUUUUGU